AUGGCUGCGCCAUUUUUCUCAACGCCUUUUCAGCCUUAUGUUUAUCAGAGCCAGCAAGAUGCAAUAAUCCCUUUUCAGAUUUUAGGUGGUGAAGCUCAGGUUGUUCAGAUAAUGUUGAAGCCACAAGAAAAAAUCAUCGCGAAGCCUGGUUCCAUGUGCUUUAUGUCUGGAUCAGUUGAAAUGGAAAAUGCAUACGUUCCAGAAAAUGAAGUAGGCAUAUGGCAGUGGUUGUUUGGCAAAACUAUAUCUAACAUUGUUGUUCGCAAUUCUGGACCGAGUGAUGGGUUUGUUGGAAUUGCUGCGCCUUAUUUUGCUAGAAUUCUCCCGAUUGAUUUGGCAAUGUUUAAUGGAGAGAUCCUGUGUCAGCCUGAUGCAUUUUUGUGCUCAGUCAAUGACGUGAAGAUCAGCAACAUAGUUGAUCAAAGGGGCCGUAAUGUUGUUGCUGGGGCUGAGGCAUUUUUGAGGCAGAAGUUAUCUGGCCAAGGGCUUGCAUUCAUUCUAGGGGGUGGAUCCGUUGUACAGAAAAAUCUCGAGGUUGGUGAAGUUCUAGCUGUUGAUGUUUCUUGCAUUGUUGCUGUGACGAGUACAGUCGAUAUCCAAAUAAAAUAUAAUGGUCCCGCAAGAAGGACAAUGUUUGGAGGAGACAAUGCGGUAACAGCUCUUCUAACUGGACCAGGCAUUGUGUUCAUACAAAGUUUACCCUUUCCUCGUUUCUCUCAACGAAUUGCUAGGGCGGUGACAUCGCCUAACAUGAGGGAAAAUCCAAAGUUUUUUGUUCAGAUCGCCCUUUUCUUUUUCCUGGCAUAUGUUGUCAUUGUAUCUUCAUUAAUAUUGACAGAUGUAUGA